GUUUGAGACGAUGGAGGCAACAAAUGAGUCGGUAGAAGGAGACCCAAACGACCAAAAUGGCAACGUCUAUAAAAACACUGGUCUAGAUUUACAACACUUUAGUGGAAGCAACGAUUUUGUCUUUGUUUGCAAGGACGAAACACGAAGAAAUCGCUCAUUGAAGACGUACUUUAGAAAAAAACUAAAUUGUACAAAUGUGAAAAAAAUCCUAGUCAAGAGAAUCCCAAUUUUGAAUUGGUUGCCUCAAUACGAUUGUAAUUGCGCCGUUGGGGAUCUCGUAGCUGGGAUAACAGUGGGAUUAACCGUAAUCCCGCAAGCUUUGGCAUAUUCGAGCGUUGCAGGAUUGCCAUCUCAGUACGGUUUAUACACCUCAUUCCUGGGAUGUUUCGUUUAUAUUAUUUUUGGGAGUUGCAAGGAUGUUGCGAUGGGUCCCUCAGCCAUUAUGGCCCUUUUAGUGCACCAAGUGACUGAAGGGAAAGGGCCAGAGUAUGCAAUUUUGUUGUGUUUGCUUACAGGGAUUGUGCAACUUGUGAUGGGAGUCCUGGGAUUAGGUUUCUUGAUUGAUUUCAUAUCGGGGCCAGUGUCGUCAGGAUUCACUUCAGCAGCUGCUUUAAUAAUUGUCUCGUCGCAAGUUAAGGAUUUGCUGGGGAUUAGGGCGAGUGGGACAACUUUUCUAGACAUUUGGGAAGGGAUUAUCGCAGAUGUGAAGAAUACGAGACUGUGGGAUUGCGCUUUCGGGAUUGCUUGUAUGGUAGUUCUGUUAGCACUAAGGAUCAUGUCAAAUGUGAAAAUCCGAGAAACCACCCACAAGAAAUGGCAAACGGUCUUCAUCACCACCCUUCGCCUCAUCGGAAUCUCACGAAACGCCAUCCUCGUCAUAGCUUGCGGUGCCAUUGGUUACUAUUUCUGCACCUUGGGGGAUCCCCCGUUCAAAGUAAUCGGUUACGUCCCUGAAGGAUUCCCCGCAAUACAGCCUCCACGUUUUUCCUACACCUCCAACGACACGCACGAGGGAUUCCUCGACAUGGUUACCAACAUGCGAACGGGAAUUAUAAUCGUACCAUUGCUGGGCCUCCUUGAAGACAUCGCCGUCUGCAAAGCUUUCGCAAAUGGGAAACCUGUUGAUGCCACACAAGAAUUGCUAGCGAUUGGGUUGUGCAACGUUGCCAAUUCAUUUGUUCAGGGAUUCCCCGGGAGUGGGGCUUUGGCACGAAGUGCUGUUAAUAAUUCCAGUGGAGUUAAAACGACAAUGGGGGGGCUAUACACGGGGGUUAUAGUGAUAACAGCUUUGUUUUUCUUUACUCCUUACUUUCAGUAUAUACCAAAACCGACUUUGGCCGCUAUUAUAAUAGCCGCAGCCAUUUUUAUGGUCGAAAUUAGAGUCAUAAAACCCAUGUGGAGGGCCAAAAAAAGUGACUUGGCGUUAGCUCUUAUCACCUUUAUAUCCUGUCUAGUGACGAGAAUCGAAUUCGGGAUUUCAAUAGGAGUCGUGAUUAACAUAAUUUAUAUUUUGUAUCAAGCAGCGAGGCCCAAAAUUACAAUCGAAACCAUGAAAAGUCCUCAAGGAGAAGACUAUUUGCUGGUGACACCUGACCGUUGUUUAAUUUUCCCAUCAGCUGAUUAUGUAAGAAAUUUGGUAAUUAAGCAAUCGAUGAGACAAAAAAUUCCGGUUGUUGUCGACUGCUCCCACAUUUAUGGCGCUGAUUAUACUGCAGCUACAGUCAUUGAGAGUUUAACCAAAGAUUUCAAGUCGCGACAACAGCCGCUAUUUUUUUACAAUCUCAAGUCAAGUGUGUGUUCGGUUUUCGUCGGAUUAAACUUGGAUUAUUUUCUGGUGUAUUACAACAAUGAUGAGCUGGAUGAUAUGCUGAAGAGAUGGGGUGAAAUCUGUGAUAAAAUCUAAAAGUAUAAUAAAAAUCGUCUCUAUUUACUAUAACUUUUAUUGAAUAAUUGUCAGAAAAUGUAAACUAUGGUCAAACAAUAUUUAAAAUUUUUAGGAAAAGCAAAA